AUGGUAUUGCUCACCUAUAAUGAUUGUGCAAACCACAGACCAAGAUUUGCUAAUACAAUUCUUGUGGUACCUACUAAAGAAGGCACACCUGCUGGAGCAAUUAUUGCGAUUAUCCAGGCCUCAGAUUUGGAUAAUGACGUCAUCUCGUAUUCCCUGGGAGAUGAUGCCCGUGGUUUGUUCAGGAUCAAUAAAGACACAGGUGAACUUACUUUGAACAAAGUGCUGGACAGAGAUGACAUCAUCACCUUCACUAUAUAUGCAGCAGACAAUGUGGAACCAGAUAAAAAGACAAGCAUUCGUGUAAGUGUACACGUCAAGGAUGAAAACGACAAUCCUCCAAUUUUCACUGGAACACCUUACGUAGGCAAAGUCAACGAGACUUUGGAAAUCGACUCAUUUAUAUUCAGAGUAACUGCUUCAGAUGCUGAUCAAAUGCAAGAAUUGAUCUAUGAUAUUGUCGAUGGCAAUAUUGGGAAUGUUUUUAAGAUUGACAGCUAUGCUGGAAGAAUAACUACACGAAACAAACUUGAUUACGAAAAAGUACAGCAGUAUAUUCUUAAUGUUUCUGUACAGGAUGCCAGACCUCGUGCUAAAAUACGACACAUUACAUACACUACCCUCACCAUCAAUGUUCUGGAUGCUGAUGACAAUGGGGCUGCCUUCACAGCAUCCAAUUUUACAUCGCAUAUCAGGGAAGGCAUGUUUAAGAAUUUGUACGUUAAACGUGUUGAUGCUUAUGACAUCGACCGUGGCCUGAAUGCCCCUGUGACAUUCUCCUUGAAUCGAGACAAUGAUCCCGAAGGCAUCUUUAACAUCGAUCCAAAAACGGGUGUUGUGACAGCUAAUGGGAAAGUGGACCGUGAACUCAUUUCAAAAUACGUCAUCGAGAUUUAUGCCAAAUCGACGCAUCAUAAACCAGCAAAGGCCUUGCUGAUUAUUUACAUCGAUGACAUCAACGACAAUGGUCCACAGUUUGUCAAAUCCGCUUAUUUUGCUGAGGUCAUGGAGAAUUCAAACAUCGGCGCAACGGUACUGAAGGUAUCUGCCACUGAUGCUGAUGCAGAGGGUGGCGAGAAAAGCUUGAUAUCCUACGAAAUAUGGAGGGAUGAUGGAACCUUUGGUAUAAACAGCGAUGGGGUAAUUUUUGUUAAUGCCACGGUUGAUCAUGAAGAAAACGCACUUUACAACUUCGUGGUAAUCGCCAGGCAGGAAGACAAGCCACCUACUUUCGCUCAUGUUACAAUUCGUGUUAAGGAUGAAAACGAUAACAGCCCACAGUUCAUUUUCAAAAAGAAGCAGGACAAGAACUAUUUUGGCAAAAUUGAAGAAGGAGCUCCGGCUGAUGUACAGAUAUUACGUGUUCUGGCAACUGACAAAGAUGCUGAUGUGAACUCUGUUGUGACGUACAGUAUUGUCCCUGAUGCAAGUGGCUUCUCUAAGAAAUUUCGCAUCGAUGGCAGUACGGGAUGGCUGUCAACGGCUGUGUCUCUAGACAGGGAGGAAGAUUCUAAAAUAAGGUUUCUAGUCAGGGCCACUGACAAUGCUAAACGUUUUGAAGAUCGACGCUCUGCUGAUGCAACGGUCGAAAUGGAGGUUAUUGAUAAAAAUGACAAUGCUCCAAUCUUCGAAGAGACUAAAAUUGUUGUGAGGUUGUUUCAAGAUGUCAGACCACAUACUGUUGUUGCCAAUGUCAAGGCAACCGAUCGUGACGCAGGUCGUUUCGGUACUCCAAGAUACUACAUGAUAUCAACGAACAGCAGAUCAUUGUUUCUACUCAAUACAAAAACAGGAGCAAUAACAGUUGCGUCUUCUCUUAUGCCGUACGCUGACAGUACGUUCAAUAUGGUUAUCGGAGCUAGGGAUGAUGAUGGUGGGGUUAUGUCGAACAAGGCGAAGCUAAGUGCUACAGUCAUCUUCAAGAUCGAGCCUGCAAGUGUAGAUGUGCUAUGCGUUUCACUUAUGAGUGCAUAUUUGAUGGAAAUUAAGUCAGCACAGUUCAAAAGGAACCUUCAAGAGCUGAUUGGUCUGGACAUCGAGAUUGUUGAGAUUCUUCCUCGAGAAACAAAAAAGGGCUGUGAAAUCAAAUUCAAUGCUUACAACAAAACCACCAAGACGGUUGUCUCCAGACCUGCUGUCUUAAGGAUUUAUCACAGUCUUGGGGAGAAGUUAACAGAUGAAUUCAACUCAAAAUGGAACAUAACAAGAUGGAAAAUCCCUGAGUUCGCUGCACCAGUUGCUAGAUCAAAAUCAAUUGAGAGUUCAGGCUCAAAGAAAACCAACACCACUUUGUACAUUGUUAUUGGUGUCUCAUGUGCGGUGGCACUCUUUGGCUGCAUCGGAAUUAUCUAUGCUUGCAUGGCGAGGAAAAAAUAUUAUGGUGAAACUAAUUCUAACCAAGCCGAGAGUAUGCUGAAAUUUAAAAAUAAUUUCGACAACAACUCAUACUGGUGUGGAAGUCAAGAUGACUUCGCUAACACUUCUCAUAGACUGACCAUUACGUCAGAGCUGCCUGAUUUGAUUGAAAUGUAUGGAGAUCAGGAUGAGGACGAACCUUUGGCAAACAAUAACACCACAGAAGAGGAGAUCGUUAUUGGAAAGCAGUUGUCGAGAUUCGACUCGAAAGCAUCGUCAAUACCGUUUGCGAAUUCAAGUUGCGGUACGAUAUAUCGAGCUCCAUCGCUAGCAAGCAACUGCAGUCAGCAGCAAAUAGUUGCCUUGAGCGGCAAAACAUCACGUGGCUCAAGGGGUUCCCGAAGAAGGCGGAGACGGGGUAACAUGGGAAGGAUGUCGAGGUCAGAGCCACAGUUGCUCGUGCGAAGACUCUCAAUUGUUUUAGACACUGAUAUUGAUAUAAUUGGUGGAAGAAGGUACCCUGGUACAUCGAGAAGGUUCUACAUGGGUGGUGGAACACAGGGUACUUGCUAGCCAUCUCCGGAACGAGCAAUUUGGCAUCAAAGUGCCAAGGUUGCCAAGAAAAUGCUUUAGUGUUGCAGCCCGAAGAGAUUUGAAUCUAAUGCCCCUAGAGAUGCUGGGGUGGGCUGGUUGUGUAAUUACCACGAGACAGAUAGCAAAACCUCUGAAUUGUAUGCACAGACUCGAUUCCAUAUUGGUAAAAAACAUAGACCUUGAGACACUAAAAGGGUAUAGUGGUUGAUUGCUUUUAAGUUGAAGCUAACAGAGUAGUAAAUUGGUAGUUAAAUGUCAGAUAGUUUAAUUAUUGUAAAGAGAUGUUAGAUAACUGAGAAUCCUUCUUCAAUGGCAAACAUUGCUUUAAGGGCAAGGAUCCGAGUUUAUUGAUCGUUUGUACGGCAACAGACAUUUGUUUGAACAGAACACACCUUUAAGUUAUUAUAACGUUGAGAUAGAAGCAAAUACAUACCAAAGAAAGUAAAAAUAACAGUUAUUGCAAUUGGAAAACAAAGUUCGAGUAUUUGGUUGUACCUUCUAUUCAAUUGUUAAUUUUCUUGUUUUUAUUGCCUUGUCUAUCAAAUCCAUUCUGAUUGGUAUUGGACGUAACCAUUGAUUUUGCUUCAAAUUCUUCUCAUCCUCAAAUAAGGACUAGAUGUGCAGUCUUCCUACGCACUCUAUAUUUUCAAUGUUCGUUUGAAGAUUCCCUUUUUAUAAAGGAAACCCCCUAACCCUUUGCUAAGCCUUCUUUUAAAGCUUCGCAUCGAUCUUUAAUAUAAUGUAGGAACCCGGGGGCAAUGUUGGCACGUUCCUCGUACUUUUUAGGAAUAGAGAUAGAGUGCCAAUUUGCAGGUCAUAGGGGUACCCAUAUUAUGCCUGAUGUGCCCCUUUCACGCACUUUUAAAAUGUUCCCCACGUCUUUGCCCUUUGAUAACUUCUCGACUGCUUCUAUUCUGUUUUUCAGUAGCAGAGUCUUGAAGUGGUAUUCACAGAUAAAUUUAUUUCCUUUAAGUCCAAUCCCUUUUAGAAAAGGGUAUGAUGUUUUAAAUUAUUGCAAGAGAAGUUUGGAGAUAUUGCAGGAAUAUUAAUCAAGACUCGAUGUAAAUAUGUAUUAUUUAGUAGAAAUAACUUUGAACACAUUUAAUUAAAUUUUAAUUCAACGCAUCUGACGCUUCAACUAACCGAGAUAUAAAGAGUAAUUUUCGUUUCGAUUUGAUGGCAGUAUUAUUCAAGGAACGGUUUUCGAUGCAAAGGGAUUUUGUAUUCAAAUCACAAUCUAAAGUUAUCGAGACGAAGAUAGCAAAGUAUAACUGUUUGCCAAGACGUUCUUUGAAACUUGAUUGCACAUUAAAGUUUCAUGACGGAAGAUAACUUCAAUGAUGACUUUAAUCCUCUCAAAAGCAGCUCGAAAAAUUCCUUGAAAAAUUUGCCAUCACUGUAGAUUGUGUAGAUAUAUAUUCAAGAUGUAAAAAUUUAUCUUUUAAGUAAGCACAUUAUCAUAUGUUCUUGUAAACUGCUUAAAAUUCCAAAAUGGUUUUCUGUUUUUAUGUCAAUUGAACGAUUGAUCGAUUGAUAUUGUUUCAAAAUGGAUCCGACAAAACUAGUUGACACUUCGAUUGGCGAAUUAAUUGAGUCGUUGAUUAAGCCAUUAAUCAAUCCAUUGAUCGAGGCAUUGAUUAAGCCAAUGAUCGAGCCUUUGAUCAAGCCACUGAUCAAUGAUUCAUUUUAUGGUUAUUGAUCAGAUAAUGACUGAUUAAAUGAUCCAACUAACAGAUGACUUUAAAGUCAAAGAAUACUAUCAAUUUUAUUAGCUUGAUGUGCAUCUUUGCAGAUUUUAUUAAAUUUAUGUUAGAGAUAGAUGGUAACCAAAAAGUGACGAUAUGUUUUUUCUUUUGCCAUCAACUUCUGCAUCGGUUUCUCUUGUCAUCGAGGCUUACUGAUAAAAUAGCUAGCUGCUAAGAUUUUGUAGACUUGCCUUGAAAGACAAGCAGUUGCAAAAAAGGAAGUAAAAAUUGACAAAACCGCUAAGAACGCUUAAGUUUGUAUGAAACAAAAUUGCUUAUCGUUUUAGGGCUAAUCAUUUCAUCUAUUUUUUGUAAGAUCAAAGGCUCUGAAAACUUAAAACUCCGCAGCUAAUGUCCAUUAAAAAGAGUAUGAUCGAGUGUGAAUGUUUUUUGUGGUUUGCAUUUGAAAAUUUUUCAAUCAUUUGAUUGUGCACUGUCGAUAACAAAAACAGCUAUUGUUUCUAAACAAUACCCAUUGUUAAGAAUCACCAAGUGCUCUUGAACUUGAGGUCUUCUGGGGGAAACGCGGGCAGUUUGAACGACCACGAUGUUGAAUUGUUUGCUUUUGGAAACAGGAGAAAAGUUUUGAGCUUCCAGAAACUUAAUGAGACAUAUAGAAAGAAAAAAGAUCUUCAGAAAAUGAAAAAGAAUCAAAUGAUCAAAUUCCAUGGAAGAUACUAUUCGUGUCCUCCUUUUGUGGAAAAAGUUGCAAUCGAAUGGCAAUCAAAUCGCAUCACGGUUGAAAGAAAUACGAAAGAAGUUCCAUCAAUGAUCGUCAGUACCAGGACCAGGAAUCGUGAACAAUUUCAGUGUUGGUGGUCUCUGCACUCAACUGGAUAAAUUGGACCCCAGCAAAAGCAGCUUGUAAAAUGUCUGCUCUUAUAUAAAGAAAGUGCCUAAGAAAAACAUGACCUUUCAAGUUCG